UGUGAGUGAACAGUGCUGGUAGUCGGUCUGUGGGAGCGCUCCGCCAAUGACCAACUGAACGCCCCACUGCUCCGACACAGACCAGCGGGGGUGGGGAUCCACAAGUUUGACUUCGGGUUUUUUUUCCGAAAGCACCAUGGGAUUCGAGCUGGACCGCUUCAAGGGGACCGUGGACCCGGACUUCAAAUGCAACUUGUGCAACAAAGUCCUGGAGGACCCGCUCACCACUCCGUGCGGCCACGUCUUCUGCUCCGGCUGCGUGCUGCCCUGGGUCGUCCAGCAGAGCAGCUGCCCCGUCAAGUGCCAGCGCAUCUCCGCCAAGGAGCUGAACCACGUCCUGCCGCUGAAGAACCUCAUCCUGAAGCUGGAGAUCAAAUGCGACAACCACGCCAGAGGCUGCGAUGCCGUGGUGACGCUGCAGCAUCUGGCCCAGCACGCCGAGGCGUGCGACUUCUCCCCGACCAAGUGCCGGAAUAAAGGCUGCGAGGAGGUGCUGUGCGUGCGGGACCUGGACGCGCACAUGCGGGACGCGUGCGAGCACAGGGCGGCGGGGAUCUGCGUGGACGGCUGCGGGCUGACGCUCACGCACAGGGAGCAGAAGCUGAAGAGCCACUGCUGCGUGAGGGCGCUGAAGGCGCACAACGGCGCGCUGCAGUGCAAGCUGCUCAUCCUGGACAGGGAGCUCAAGAAGCAGGCCAUCAAGUCCAACCAGCGGGAGAAGGCGCUCCUGGCGCAGCUCUCCGCCGUGCACAGCGAGCUGCAGAUGACGGCGCUGAAGUACCAGAAGAAAUUCACCGAGUACAGCGAGAGGAUCGACGCGCUCACCAGGACCGUGGCUUUCUCCUGCAAGGAAGACAACACUAAAAGUGUGACAGCGGUCCUUCUUCGCGAUGGCGGAUCUCUGGGCUUUAACAUCGUGGGAGGAAGGCCAUGCGCGGACGACAACGACGGCACCUCAAAUGAAGGAAUCUUUGUGUCCAAGAUUGUUGAGAAGGGUCCGGCGGACAAAGAGGGAGGCCUUCAGAUCCACGACAGAAUAAUUGAGGUGAAUGGCAAGGACCUCUCCAAAGCCACCCAUGAGCAAGCAGUGGAGGCGUUUCGCACGGCCAAGGAGCCCAUCAUGGUCCAGGUCCUACGCCGGUCCCCUCACCCCCAACCGGCCGCCCCCAUGGCGGACACCCAGGUGUCGGACAUCAGCACCCAGACCGACAUCACUCUGCAGCACAUCAUGGCUCUCACCAAGCUGCCCCCCUCCUCUCCCCCGAUGACGGAGCUGGAGGAGUACCUCCUGCCAGAGGAGCCUCCUACAGAGCACACGUACUUCGACCCCAACGAUUUCCUGGAGGGCAUACAACAGGAGAUGGAGCGCGAGGGGCUGGAAUAUGAGGAGGUGGAUCUUUACCGAGCAAACAUCCAAGAAAAACUGGGCCUGACCAUCUGUUAUAGGACUGAUGACGAGGAUGAGGCUGGGAUCUACAUUAGUGAGAUUGAUCCAAACAGCAUCGCUGCGAAGGACGGCAGGAUUAGAGAAGGGGACAAAAUCAUACAGAUCAAUGGUGUUGAGAUUCAAAAUCGAGAGGAUGCAGUGGUGCUGCUGACCAGUGAGGGCAACCAGAACAUCUCUCUAUUGGUGGCCCGGCCAGAGAUCCAGCUGGACGAGGGCUGGAUGGAUGAUGACAGGAAUGACUUCCUGGAUGACCUCCAUAUGGACAUGCUGGAGCAGCAGCACCACCAGGCCAUGCAGUUCACUGCCAGCAUGCUGGAGCAGAAGAAGCACGAGGAGGACGGGGGCACCACAGACACCGCCACGCUGCUCUCCAACCACCACGAGAAAGACAGCGGCGUCGGUCGCACGGACGAGAGCACGCGCAACGACGAGAGCUCCGAGCAAGAGAACCUCGGCGACGACCAGACGACCACGGCCUCUAACACGCUGGGCAGCUGCAGGAAGCUGACCUACAGCCAGGACACCCUGGGCAGCACCGACCUGCCCUUCAGCGGCGAGUCCUUCAUCUCCGCAGACUACGCCGACGCCGACUUCCUGGGCAUCCCGGCCGCCGAGUGCGAGCGCUUCCGAGAGCUGCUGGAGCUGAAGUGUCAGAUGAGGAACAGCGGAGCCCAGGGUCUGUUCAGCCUGGCCGCCGGCGGCGGCGCCGAAGGUCACGCCGAGGAGGGCGUGGACAAGGAGCUGGAGUUACUCAACGAGGAGCUGCGCAGCAUCGAGCUGGAGUGCCUGAACAUCGUCCGCGCCCACAAGAUGCAGCAGCUGAGGGAGCAGUGCGGAGAGUUGUGGAUGCUCCACGACAGCGGCUUCCGCAACUACAACACGAGCAUAGACGCCCGCCGCCACGAGCUGUCAGACAUCACAGAGCUGCCUGAGAAAUCGGAUAAGGACAGCUCGAGUGCCUACAACACCGGCGAGAGCUGCCGCAGCACCCCCCUCACCCUGGAGCUGUCUCCAGAUAACUCCCUCCGCCGAGGAGCGGAGAACCAGGGUGCAGCCGGACCGUCUGGGUCCGGCGGCUCCAAUGGCAAGACACACAAGCCCCUCCUGUCUCCUGUGCAGGAAGCCUGCAGCCCCGGCCGGAGCAGAGGCUCCUCUAAGGACGCAGACGGAGAGCUGCAGGCCGAGAGCAAAGAAAGGAAGCUGGGAGAGUCGGGUAAGGGCGGACGGAGCUUUCAGCCCCAUUCCCCCUACAAGCACGCUCACAUCCCCGCCCACGCCCAGCACUACCAAAGCUACAUGCAGCUGAUCCAGCAGAAAUCCGCCGUGGAAUACGCCCAGAGCCAGAUGAGCCUGGUGAGCAUGUGCCCGGCCAGCCCCGGCGACCAGGAGCCCAGGAUGGAGUGGAAGGUGAAGAUCCGCAGCGACGGCACGCGGUACAUCACGAAGCGGCCCAUCCGGGACAGGCUGCUGAGGGAGCGCGCCCUGCGCAUCCACGAGGAGCGCAGCGGCAUGACCACGGACGACGACGCCAUCAGCGAGCUGAAGAUGGGCCGCUACUGGAGCAAGGAGGAGCGCAAGCAGCACGCCGUGCGGGCCAAGGAGCAGAAGCAGCGGCGCGAGUUCAUGAAGCAGAGCCGGGUGGACUGCCUGAGGGAGCAGAGCGCCGCGGAGGACAAGAAGGAGCCCAACAUCAUCGAACUCAGCCACAAAAAGAUGAUGAAAAAGAGGAACAAGAAGAUUUUUGACAACUGGAUGACCAUCCAGGAACUGCUGACCCACGGAACCAAGUCGCCCGACGGGACCAGGGUUUAUAACUCGCUCCUGUCUGUGACGACGGUGUGAGUCCUGCUCCCAGGCGCCAGGGGAGCGGCGUGUACAUAGGACGACACCAGCUGGAGCAGAAAGAGCUGCUGUAAGCGUGUGGUGUCAUUGUGUAAAUAAGAAAUGAGGAAAGCUGUUCAGGAUGAUCGUUUUCAUUCACUGCAGCCAGGGCGCAGGGAUCCAUUAAAAGAUGAAUGGCCUUCGCUGAACAGGACUCUGCUGCUGUAAAAUAAUGAUUUCAGAAGCGUUUUCUCUAAUCUUUUCUACCUUUUUGGCUCUUUUGGAAUUUUUUUUUUGGAAAAAAACAGCAAUAUUUGACUUUUUGGAAGAUUUUGAAAGCGUGUAAAGAACAUGUGCCAUACUUUACCAGCCAGCAUUUAUAUUACUUUCAGUUUGUUUGUACUAUAUUAUAUAUAUAUAAAUAUAUAUAUAUCUUAUCAGUAUUUUACCGUUACACUUUUAUGGACACAAUGCUAUUUUCCCGAUAAAAAACAGAACUGAAGCCUUUUGGAAAGGUUUUUUUGUGAAUCAAACAAUAUAGUUUUUGUAAGAAAGUAAUUCUUUUUGAAAUAUUUCCCAAAAGGUGCUGAUUUCCCAAAGUUGAAGACCACCAGCGACGUAGCAUCUGUUCCGAUAUGCAGAGAACGUUGAUACCAAUGUGUGUAUGUAUGUGAGCUUUAGAGUGAGAUGUUUCUCAAUCUGUUGUGGAUGUGUUUUAUUUUAUGCACACAUAUACUAUAGAUGCUCUUGCUUCUAUAGGAUUUCAUGCAUUGGGCAGAGAACCAGCUUAACAAAGCCCUAGUUAGCCUCACAAUUUGAAUCUUGUACAAUGACAGUCAUAAUAAAUUAUUGUUUUAUAUAUGAUGAACUUUGAAA